AUGUGCGAAAUAAAAGAAACAAAUGACAACAAAUGGUGGUGGAAUACGAGGAAUACAGCCCAUACAAAGAAAGAUAUUAGAACAUUAGACGCCUACAUUAUUGUGCCUGGACUGAAAACAACUCUGAGCUUUUUGCAAUUUUAUGGCGAUGUCAUGAAUGAAAGAAUUGUUUGUUUGGAUGAACUUAAAGAGAAAAAAUCAAAUUAUGUUAAUGAAGAUACAUCGUCAGAAAUCGACCACAAUGUUUCUCCAAAAGUCGAAAAAAAUCGUGAAAGUUUUGACAACGUGAGCGGGGACAAACAUGGCAAAAGUGAAAAUCUUGAAACUGAUGGUGAUUUAGUGAACUGUACAACGAAAAUUGUUAGUUCGAAAGAUAUAAAAAUGACACCAAGCGAUAAUUUUAGCAAUGUGAACAAAGAAAAUAUAAAGAAAACAAGACUGGGAAUUAACUCAGCAUCACACUUAACUGAGGGCGAUAUGUUAGAUUAUGUAACGAAACAUGCCAUUUCAAAAACUGCGAAAUUCACGCCGAGUGAUAACUUCCACCACCUGAGCCGGGACAGACACGCCAAAAUGGAAAGUCUGAAAAGAUCGAAAUUGACGAAAACCUCCAUACCGCUCAUAUCCGAAGAUGAAAGACUAGAUUACAAGAGAGAGAAAUUGUUUCAACAGAAGGAGAGGCAGAAGAUUUUCGAUGACAAACGCCACGCAGUUUAA